AAAUUCCCUCCUUCCACGCUACACCUCCUUUCUCUUUAUUGCCGUUUUUCUUAUUUCCAUCUUAUUGGCUAUUCCUCUUCUGCUGUCUUCUGCUUUGUUCAGUUCGUUGCAUGCAAAAACCACUAUGAAGAAGCCAAAACACCACUCAUCGUCGGCCAACGCUGACCGGCGAGUGGAGCCUGAUUCCGGUGAGUUUGUCGCCAAGAUGAAGAACGGUCGCCAGAGACGGCUCAAAAUCAAGCAAAUGAAGUACACUUGCCAGGCGAAGAUCCGCAUCAGGAAUGGAACCGUCGGCGUCUCGCCGACGCCGGCGGAGGACCUGGAGGGAGGGAGCAGAGAGAUUCAUGAUCGCGUGGAGAUAUCUUUGUCGCUGGCGGCGGCGUCGUCGUCCUCGGAGGAGGAGGAGCGGUCAUUGUCGGAGAAAAACGACGGUGUUUUGUCGUACGGGUCAACGUCUGUGAUUGGGAGCAGGAAGGAGAUGGAGGACGCGGUGAGUGCGGAGAUAGGGUUUGCUGCGAAGGAGAAAGGGAAGUACGACUUCUUCGCGGUGUACGACGGCCACGGCGGAGCGCAGGUGGCGAAGGCGUGUCGCGAGCGGUUGCACCGGCUGGUUGCGGAGGAAGUGGAGAGGAGUGAGAGUCCCGUGGAAUGGGACUGGCAGGGAGUGAUGGAAGGGUGCUUCCGUAAAAUGGACAGCGAGGUCGCCGGUAAUGCGGCCGUCAGGACUGUGGGUUCCACGGCGGUUGUAGCUGUGAUCGCGGCGGAGGAGCUUGUCGUCGCUAAUUGCGGUGAUUGUAGGGCUGUGUUGGGAAGAGGAGGUGAGGCCGUCGACUUGUCUAGUGAUCAUAAGCCCGAUAGACCAGACGAGUUGAUGCGAAUCGAAGAGGCUGGUGGAAGGGUCAUUAACUGGAAUGGCCAGCGCGUGCUUGGUGUUCUUGCUACUUCAAGAUCCAUAGCAUUGAAAAGACAGAAGAAUCUUGGCUCCCUCUGGCUUUUUAUUAUCAGUGUCGUGAGUAUGGCAGAGCAACGUUGACCGAAAUGAGUAUUAUUAUUAUUAUCGGCUUUCUCUGACCUUGAAUUUGAUUUUUACAAUUAGUACCUUUAAACUCUUUAACUAACUACUAAGAUGACAAACUGUUGCUGUAAUCCCUCCAGUAUAUAGGAAUAUUAAAGAAUGUAAUUAACGAUGUUUCUUCUAUGUAAAACAAGUUUGCCAUAAAUCAAUGAUACGUUGGACAGAAAUAGAACAGUUAUUCAAAAGCCUUAAUUGCUUCUCGUAUAGGGUCAAUCACAUGGAACCCUUAACUAAUAAAUGGAGAGGGUUUUGUGGUGUGGAUAUGGUUUACCUCAAGAUUAAGGAAUCUUGAUCAAUCAAGUUCCAUGGAACAGUCUAAUCUCCAUUUGUUAAAAUAUGCAAACUUGAAUCAUUUAUUUUGAGCAUCCUUUUUAAUUGGUAAAGUUGAAUCUGUGCUUUAUGUAACAGAUCUAGAAAGGAUAAA